AGGCCGUCUCCAAUUAAACGCUGCGUUUAGUUAAUCUUUCCUUUUUUUCUUUUUCUUUUCUUUUCUUUCAAUUAAUAUUAUCUCUUAUCCUCUCUAAUUAAUAUUUCCAAAAUAUUUUAUUAAUUCCGACGCUCCAAGACGAGCCCUCCAUCUGCCACGUGUCCUUCCCACUUCUCUGCCUUCGCCUUCAAGAGCCACUGCACCGAAGCAACACGAAGGUCUUAUUACAAAACCCACACACACACACUCUCUUCUAGAGAGAGAGAGAGAAAAGAAAAAGAGAGAGAAGGCGGAACUCGCACGCUGCCUACCCACUUCUAGAGAGAGACAGACGGGCUCUUUUCUUUCUUCCACAGCGAAUUAGGGUUUUUUUCUCCCUUUUUCUGGAGUUGAAUUUUCGUGGAAUUGGUUGUGUUUUGCUUCUUUCUUUCCCCUUCGGGUGGAGAUGUAUGUUUCUUCCAUGAGAAAGUCGUUCAAGGACUCUCUCAAAGUGCUUGAAGCUGAUAUUCAGCAUGCUAAUACUCUGGCAUCAGAGUUCCCCGGGGAAUACGAUGGCCCCUGCCUUCAGAUGAGAAUGUCAUACAGUCCUGCCGCUCACUUGUUCCUCUUUCUAGUGCAAUGGACAGACUGCCAUCUUGCAGGAGCGCUUGGACUGCUGAGGAUUUUGAUUUACAAGGUCUACGUGGAUGGUACAACCACCAUGUCUACCCACGAGAGAAAAGCAAGCAUUAGGGAAUUCUAUGCUGUUAUUUACCCCUCUCUAUUACAACUUCAGAGAGGUGUUACUGAUACUGAAGAUAAAAAGCAAAAAGCUGUCUGCAUGGAAAGGUACCGAAGAAGAGACGACGAUGAAUGUAUACAGCGUUCAGAUGCUGACAUUGAACGGGAAGAAGAAUGUGGAAUAUGCAUGGAGACAACUAGCAAGGUUGUAUUGCCCAACUGCAAUCAUGCCUUGUGCUUGAAAUGUUACCGUGAAUGGCGAACACGUUCUCAGUCAUGCCCGUUCUGUCGUGACAGUCUUAAGAGAGUAAAUUCUGGUGAUCUCUGGGUAUUUACUGAUAACAGGGACAUUGUGGACAUGGCAACGGUGACUCGAGAGAAUCUGAAAAGGCUUUUCAAGUACAUAGAUAAAUUGCCUACUAUUGUUCCAGACUCCCUUUUCGACGCCUAUGAUACACACCUAAGAUAAGUGAUUGGUACAUACAUAAUCUAAUGUCAAUCCUUAAGUAGUUUCUCUCCAAAUGAACAGUCUUUUUGUUAUGAUAUGGCAUGACAAAACGACCGAAAUUCAUUCGGCUAAAAAUUAGUAAGAGUUAGAGAAGACUUGCAACUAUUUCUUCCCACUUCCAUUUCUGAAGGGAGAAAAAAACCAGUCUUUGAGUUAUUGUAGACUGGUAUUGGGUGGGAAAGUUGAUAUGGUUUGAUUUAAAGUCUUCCAUAAAAAUUGUAUUUAACACAUUUGUAUAUGUUUGUACAUUCUUGAUGUUAUCUAUUAAAGCAGCUUUGAAUGCUUAA